CGGACAAGGCGACGGGCACCUGAGGGGGAGCGGCCAUGUCGCGCCCCGCCCCGCCCCCGCGCAUGCGCGGCGCCACCCCGGGAAGAUGGCGGAGGCCGAGGAGCCGAGGCGGCGGAUCCCGCUGGUGCCGGAGAACUUGCUGAAGAAGAGGAAGGCGUACCUGGCCAUCAAGGCCACCCAGGCCAAGCAGGCGCUGCUCAACAAGCGCAAGCAGCAGAAGGGGAAACAAAUCCAGUUCAGACGCCUUGAGACUUUUGUUCGCGAUUCGUGGCGCAAACGCCGCGAUGACAGCCGGCUGAGGCGCAUGGAGCAGAGACCUGGGCAGGCGGCGGCACCUCGGGAGCACAAACUGGCCUUCGUUGUGCGGAUUGUGGAUAUUAAGGGAGUGACCAGGAGGGUAAAAAGAGCGAUGGAGUUGCUGCGGCUGAGAAAGAAUUUCACCGGGAUAUUUGUUAAACUGACCCCGUUAACCCUGAAGUUGCUGCGGGUCGUGGACCCUUACGUGGCAUGGGGACACCCAAACCUGAAAUCUGUACGAGAGCUCAUCCUGAAACGGGGCCAGGCCAAGAUCAGUAAGAAGAGGAUGCCUCUGACAGACAAUAUGCUGAUAGAGGAACAUUUAGGGGGCUGUGGUAUUAUUUGCCUGGAAGACCUUAUUCAUGAAAUCUACUCAACUGGGAGGUAUUUCAAUAAAGUCACAAAGUUUCUGUGGCCAUUCCACCUGUCGGUGGCUCGCCACGCGUCGCGUAACAGAGUGGGUUUCCUCAAGGAAAUGGGAAAGCCUGGCUACAGAGGGGAAGCCAUCAACCAGCUCAUACGUCAGCUCAACUAGUCAGGGUCUUUGUGAAAACUUCAGGAUUUAUAACCUGUUCCUUUUCACAUGUACCUCUAAUGGACAUUAUCUGUAUGCAAGGAUCCACUCUCUCUCGACUGUUGGUGCCUCUAUAAAAGAAGAAACACAGAGAUGAUGAUGGAGAUGGACUUUGGGCUGGUCCUUCUUACAAGAAGAUAUAUACUAUUGGAUACAAGAAUGAGCUUCCUUGAGAAAUCUGACUUUUGCAUCUCUGUUAAAAAAGGUUUUUUAUGCUCACUACUGCAGACUUCACUCCUUGAAGUGCACCUGCUUCUGGGUGUGAAGGGGUAGUGCAGUCACCUGUUUAAGAAUAGGCAGCACAGGCAGAAGAAAACAUCAGGUUUCUCUGUUACUGCAGUCCCAGCCCUUAUAGUGAAUAAUGUAAUUUUUUUAAUUACCUAGAUUGUAUUUAUUUGAAAAAAAGAAAAGACAUGGUUUUGUGCUACUGAUUUACAGGAUCACUUUUCACUUCUGCUAGAUUGGGGCUGCUGGAGAGAAUUAUUUCCUGGUAGGAAAGCCCAGGUUUGUAAUACAGUGGUGGGGUACAUGUAGUCAGUGUUUUUUAAAUAAACUUCUGGAAUUAUAUUAUUAUAACAGAAAGAGUCCUGCAUCACUGUAAAAGAGUGGAAAAAGUCCAGUACUCUGGCUGAAAUGAAUUUGGUGAAGGAACAAACGAGAAUGUGGAAGAGUCUGAAAGUUCCAUUAACAGAGUUUUAAAUCCCUAAUUUCUUCCACUGCAAAAGUGGAUAAGAACACACGAAGCGUCCUGUGAUGUCUAACAAAUAUGGAAGGUACUGUGCUUAAUCAUUAGGCCACUGUGACUAUUUACACUGUUAUUUGAAGACUUAAAUGGGGGCAAACUAUUAGUCCAUAAAUAGAUUUCAUAUUGACUGCACAAGACUUGUUUCGACACUCAUAGGAAACAAGUAGGAUGCCUUCAGGGCAUUCAUUGCAUUACAGACUAAGAUUCAGCAUUCAUAAAACCAUCUGAAAUACAAAGUACUGCAGACUCUGGAUUAGAGAAUACUAUAAAAUUUGAAGCUUUAUUCUAUAAAACAAGAAUACAAACAUAGAAAAUGCUUGACAGACACUACAGACAGACAGAACAACACAGUCCCCAGAACUAGAGCCCAGGUGUCAUUAAAAUACAAGGCUUCAUGUAUUUAAAAAAGUUUUCCUGAUAAACAGCUGCUUUCACUGUACAAAAGGUACAAGAAUUGUGUGGUUGAUUCUUUUUAGGGUUAUUUCUGGUAAGAAAACAGCCCAAGCUUUUAACAUGAAAACUGGCA